GCUUGCUUGCUUUCGAUCACCCAUCAUCGCUCAUUCCUCACUCCCACCCUUCUUACCCGCAUACACCCAGCACUUGCAUUCGCAUUUAAUUUAUGGUCUCUUUAUAGCCCUCUCAUUCCAUUGUAUCAUUACCUUGCAUCCGAUAUCCAAGGAAAUUGUAAUACACUGUAACCAUGCACUGGAAUACCUUCACCAACGCUCCUCCAGCAUAUCAGGCUGUCCCUACCCAGUACUUCCUUCCUCCUAAACCCACAGUCCCUCCAAGACCCGACGAAUGGCCUAUACCCACCCUGAGACUCCGCGUAGACGAUCUCAAUCAUCCAGGAGCCCAGCUUUUCUUCCAACAUAUCAACCCUAAUGAGGCUCUGCGCAAAGCUGUUAUGGCUUCAUUCACUUGGUUGUAUACCCUAGAGACCGUUCCUCGGAAUGUCGAGGUGAUACAGCUCGUUUUGCGCUCUAUGCCGGGUGUGGCGCAUACAACGGGCACAGAUAUAUACAAGGAGAUCCACUUCUCACUAGACCACAUCGUGAACUGUUCGGAUAGAGCCAAGGACGAAAUCGAAGGUGUCAUCACGCACGAGGUUGUUCAUUGUUUUCAACACAACGGACAAGGACAAGCUCCCUCUGGUUUCAUUGAAGGUGUCGCAGGUCGGUCCCUCUUUUUGACCCCAGGAUGCCUACAUGAUGAAUUGGACUCAUGUACAGUAUAUUUGAUAUCCUUUUUCCUAGAUUGGGUCCGUCUGCGUGCCGGCAAAGCCCCACCUCACUGGAAAAUGCGACCCGCGGAAAAAUGGGAUGCAGGCUACGAUUGUACUGCGUACUUCCUCGAUUGGCUCGAGGGGAAAUACGGGUUUGGUAUUGUGAGGACUCUGAAUCUCACUAUGCGAGAUCGGGCGUAUGAGGAUUAUAUCUUCAAGGAACACACGGGGAAGAAGGUUGGGAAACUGUGGAAGAGGUAUUGUGAGCAUUUGCAGGGGCCCGGGGAUGUAGUUGGGAGGCCUGAGGUGCCGGGGAAUAAGCCCGUAGAGGAGAAAACGGAAGAACAGCAUACCUGAUGCGUAGUCGAGGAGAUUUUGUGACAUGACUAGUUAUACCCAUUUCUAUUUGAUUAUUGUAUACACCAUGCUGUGACCAAAGGAAGAGAAGCAUCGAACAAAGCAGAUAGACAGAAAAAUAUACACUACUGCUA